AUGCCUAUGAACUCUUAUCCCAACGCACGCACCCAAGCCUGGACCUCCACGACCUCCUCAGCCCUUGGGGUGGGCAAAAGCCUUGGGGCGGAACUUGGCCCACCACGGUGCGGGUUCGACUGCCCUCCUCCCGCCCUGGUCACGAUCUCACUCGUCUGCCUUCCUCCGCCCGCUGCCUGCCCUUCUUCAGGUGAUGGCACGAUCUGCGUCGGCGCAACCACCUUUGUCCCGGUUCCGUCGCCCUUCUAA